AUGGGCUUGGAGGCUCUAAGGGACACUCUCUCUGCCUCCAAACUUGUCAGCUAUGGUGGUUGUAUGUCGGAUCACUGGGACUCAUACAAAGGUGCUAUUAUGUUGGAUCACUCGGACUCUUACAGACGGCACGCCGGUGCGCCCACCCAAGAGGAAGAAGAACUCGCUUAUCUAUUUCCAGGCCACAAACUGAGCAACUCUGGUCCCAACAUGUUGCUCUUCUGGGACGUGCUUGCUCCUCAUAAACUGGACAUUUGGUGUGCCGAGAUCUCUUUGGAGAGACGCAAAGAAAGUGGCGAGAUUUGGGGCACCGUUGAGUGGUCAGAAGCUGUCAUGACACGCAAUCCCCCUCCUCCACAUCACCUUCACUGUAAACUUUUGUAUUCCGUCUCUCUCAACCUCUGA